AGCAGGUGCUGCGGGUGCUGCGGGUGCUGGGGGCAAGGGGCCACGCAUCGAGGUUCUUGCCUGGGGCCCCUGGGUGGCGGAUCUGUUGCGGGUGUACGAAAAGAGAGCCGGUGCCGUACAUGUUACCGAAGCAGCGGCAGGAGCAACGGAAGCCUCGUCAGCGGCCGCAGCCCAGCAGAUGGGGUCUCUGCAGGAGCAGCAGCAGGCCGAGCUGGCAGCCGCUGCGGCGGGUGCGGCGGAUGCAGCAAUUCAACCUCAAUCUCAACCCCAACACCCGGCCCCGCCGCAUGCCGCGGUGGCGAGCCUGCUGCGGCGCUGCGUGCGGGCGCUGCAGCUGUCACACCAGGCGGCUUCGGAAAGCGGUGACGGAAACCAUGGGGAGGCCGUCGCGUUGUUGCGUCAAGCACUUCAGCUCCUGCACCCACCCUCGCCAGCCGCAACCCACGAGCCGCCUUCAACCAACCCCGACUGCGUACCCUCCCUGGUUCUCGGCCCCAACCACAUCCUGUCCACCCGGCUGCGAGCACAACUGCUCAAGGCCGCCAUAGAUUCCGCGAGCAACAACAGCAGCAGCAACAGCAACAACAACGCUAACAGCAGUACAUGCUGGUCUACCCGCACCCUGCAUGGCCCAACCUCAGCCUGCAUUUCGCAACGCUCGCGAAACUGGAAUCUUGGCUGGGCCGACCGCGUAGGG